CGGUCCCGCCCCAUCCCCCAGAUCUCGCGGUAUCACAACAGCUACUCGAGUAUCCGGGAGGAAGUUAUCGGGACUUCCCGCAAGGUGGGCACGCAGACUGGAGCUGGGUCCUAGCGCGCGUUGGGUUCCUAGCGGCCCGUGGGAGACCGGAAGAAGGAGGAGCCCGUGCUGAGCGGUGAAAGAGGACUGGAUUUAGGCUUGAAAAACUCUGGAGAGGCAGUUUUUCCCGUGGGGCCCCAGACAGACGGAGGCUCUGACCGGGAGACCCACCAAGGUCGUGCAGCAGGUUAGGCGGAGUGGGUGCGCGGAUCCGAGUCCGGACCUCAGCCAAACCCACGCCUCCUGCCCCUGAAAACGGGAGAGGGAUUCUGAGCUCUGGAGAGGAAAAGGGGAUGGAUGGAUUGGUUUUGUGUGAACCAAUGGAGCUUUACAACAUCUUGAAUCAGGUCACAAAACUAUCCAGGUUAACCGAACCCAACUAUCUCUGCUUAUUGGAUGUUCGUACCAAACGGGAGUAUGAUGAAAGCCAUGUGAUUACGGCCCGUCGAGUGAAGCAGAAGGGAAAGGAAUAUCUUAUCCCAGAGUCUGUGGACCUGGAGUGUGUGAAAUACUGUGUGGUGUAUGAUAGCAACACCAGCUCCCUGGAGAGAAUCUUAGAAGACAAUGACGAUGAAAAUUCUGACAAUCAUAAUCAAGGACCAGUGCUUGGAGCUGCCAUUGAGUGUGGCAGAGUCCUGACCCACCUCACCCACCGCCCCGUCUCCAUCCUGAGAGGCGGCUAUGAGCUCUUCUCGGCCAGGUAUCAUUUCUUCAGGACUCAGAAGGUCAUCUGGAUGCCCCAGGAACUAGAUGCGUUUCAGCCAUACCCUGUUGAAAUAAUGCCAGGCAGAAUCUACCUGGGCAAUUUCAGCCAAGCCUGUGACCCUAAAAUUCAGAAGGAUUUGAAAAUCAAAGCACAUGUCAACGUCUCCAUGGAGAUAGGCCCAUUUUUCAUAGGUGACCCUGACAGGCUUCUUCACAUCCAGGUGGAAGAUUCGCUGGAAGCCAAAAUUUCUCCGUUUUUACGCCAUCUCUGUCACUUCAUCGACAUUCACUUCGAGCUUGACUCUGUCAUCCUGGUGUUUUCCAAAUUGGGCAUCAGCCGCAGCUGUGUGGCCAUCAUCGCCUACCUCAUGCACCGGCACGGGCAGACCUUGAAGAGGUCCUGGAACUACGUCAAGAAGUGCAAAGGCAACAUGUCUCCAAACCGGGCCUUUGUGGACCAGCUGCGGCUUUGGGAGAAGAUCAUCGUUGGAGACUUUGUCACAGACACCUCGGAUCUCCUCUACUGAUAUUCUCCAAGGCCAGCAGUGGGUCCUGAGGACUUCAGUUGGGGGCUUCUUGUGGAGAGUGGGCCAGGCUAUGUAUAGGGGUUGGUCUGGAAGAAGGCCUUUGCUGCUGGAAGCCUCUGUCAGCCUUCUGCAGUGGUUCUUCCCAGGCUCCUGUUCACUCCACACAGCAGGUGCUUCUGCUCAGCCCCCAGGGCCCCAACCCCAGGACAUCCAGGACCACCCUCCACUGUACUGUUGAGGCCUCCUCGGGAAGAACGUCUGCUGCUGGAGCGCUGCCCCAUCCCUGCCCCAUGACUUGGACCUUCAAAGGCCUGCCUGGAGGGGAGCUUCAGGGGCUCCCCCUGCCCUUGUGUUGGUCCACAGGGGCUCACACCAUGCUUGCCCAUGAGCCGAGAUCCUCCAGCCCCAGAGAUGCCAAGCAGAGUGCUGGCUGUGGGCCUUUGGGCAGGAGGACACAUGCUUGCCUCAUUCCCAUCCCUAAGGAGUUAGCUCCAGGCCGCUGCUGUUUCUGAGUCUGGCCUUUCCCACUAUCCCUUGAUCACUUGAUACAGAUUCCAUUUCCUUGCUCCCACUCAAUUCUGCCCAACUGUGUUUGCCAAGAAGAGAUUCCUACCCUUCCCAUCUCCCACACUCAGGUUCCUAGAAAUUCCUCAGGAUUCCAGGGAGUUGUUUUAUGAAAGGACUUCCCUAGCGCUGCCAGGGCCCACAACAACCGGGGAUCCAGGGGAGGCACAGAUAAGGGAAGCGGUGGGGAAUUUAGGAUAUCGAUUCAUGAAGGGCUGUCCUGAAGUUCAUUCAGCCAACAGUCCCUGCCACCUGGACAGGCUGGCCAUGUAGAGGUGAAAGCCAUGGCAGAGGGCUGCAGAGGGCUGGGGCAGGGG